UGGAGUGCAAACUCACUGUUGUCUUAGCAGGAAGAGAAGGCUGCAAUGGACCCAGCUGUGGCCCUGGUGCUCUGUCUCUCCUGUUUGCUUCUCCUUUCCCUCUGGAGACAGAGCUCUGGGAGAGGGAAGCUCCCACCUGGCCCGACUCCUCUCCCUAUUAUUGGAAAUAUACUACAGUUGGAUAUUAAGGACAUCAGCAAAUCUUUAACAAAUCUCUCAAAAGCCUAUGGCCCUGUGUUCACUGUGUAUUUGGGCAUGAUGCCCGCUGUGGUGUUGCAUGGAUAUGAAGCAGUGAAGGAAGCCCUGAUUGAUCAUGGAGAGGAGUUUUCUGGAAGAGGCAGUUUCCCAUUGGCUGAAAGAGCUAAUAGAGGAUAUGGUAUCGUUUUCAGCAAUGGAAAUAAGUGGAAGGAGAUACGGCGCUUCUCCCUCAUGACCCUGCGGAAUUUUGGGAUGGGGAAGAGGAGCAUUGAGGAACGUGUCCAAGAGGAGGCCCGCUGCCUUGUGGAGGAGUUGAGAAAGACCAAGUCCUCACCUUGUGAUCCCACUUUUACGCUGAGCUGUGCACCUUGCAAUGUGAUCUGCUCCAUUAUUUUCAAGAAUCGUUUUGAUUACAGAGAUCAGAAUUUCCUUAACUUGAUGGAAAAACUCAAUGAAAACAUCAGAAUUCUCAGCUCUCCAUGGGUACAGGUCUGCAAUAAUUUCCCUGCUCUCAUUGAUUAUUUCCCAGGGAGUCAUAACAAAUUACUUAAAAAUAUUGCUUUUGUUAAAAGUUAUAUUUUGGAGAAAGUAAAGGAACACCAAGAAUCGUUGGAUGUUAACAACCCCCGGGACUUUAUUGAUUGCUUCCUUAUCAAAAUGGAGCAGGAAAAGCAUAAUCAACAGUCGGAGUUUACUGUUGAAAACUUGAUAAUCACUGCAUCUGACUUUUUUGGAGCUGGGACAGAGACAACAAGCACAACCCUGAGAUACGCCCUCCUGCUCCUGCUGAAGCAUCCGGAAGUCACAGCUAAAGUCCAGGAGGAAAUUAACCAUGUGAUUGGCAGACACCGGAGCCCCUGCAUGCAGGACAGGAGCCACAUGCCCUACACGGAUGCCGUGGUGCAUGAGGUCCAGAGAUACAUUGACCUCAUUCCCACCAACCUCCCUCAUGCGGUGACCCGUGAUAUUAAGUUUAGAAACUACCUGAUCCCCAAGGGCACAACUGUAUUAACAUCCCUAACAUCUGUGCUGCAUGACUGCAAGGAAUUCCCCAACCCAGAAACGUUUGACCCUAGCCACUUUCUGGAUGAGAGUGGCAACUUUAGGAAAAGUGACUACUUCAUGCCUUUCUCAGCAGGAAAACGGAUUUGUGCAGGAGAAGGACUGGCCCGCAUGGAACUGUUUUUGUUCCUGACCUCCAUUCUACAGAACUUUAACCUGAAAUCUCUGGUGGAUCCAAAGGCUAUUGACACUACUCCAAUUUUCAAUGGAUUUGCUUCUCUGCCACCCUUUUACCAGCUCUGUUUUGUUCCUGUCUAACGCAGAGCACAUGGUGUGGCUGCUGCUGUGCUGGCCCAUGUGUCAUUUACCUCCUCCCCAGUAUCAGAGAUGCUUUCUCUGACCUCUGUUCUUACAUCUCCACAUUCCCUCUGGAUUCAGUUGGCAUCAUAGCUCAUUUUAAGAGAAUUUCAUGAGUUUCACUACUCAAACAUACCUACUAGAGUAGGAAUAGUCUAUAACCUUCAUAUUGAUUUCCACAUGUAAUAAACCUUACCUAAUAUUGAGUUACUAAUGCUGUCACUGUAAAACAGAGAAAAUGAUGAGUGUAUGAUAAUUCAGACUUAUUUUCCUGCACAUUCUAAAGAUAUGUCAUUAUUAUUUGUCGGAUGAGUUUUCAGACUUUCUUUCUUUUGUGCACAAGGCAAGUAGAAUAUAAAUGGAAAUAAAGUCCCAGGAGGCCAUGUUCAUUCUCAAAAUGAUAGACAAAGAGAAGGACAUAGGAGAAGAAGGUAGAGAAGGUCUCUUGGCUGAGUGUCUCCUAAAGUUACUAGAGGUUUGUAUUUGAAGGAAAAUCUGUGUCCAGAAGCAACUCCAAACUGUAAGGAAAUAUUGGUAAGAUCAGUGAUAAGGAGAAAUUAGCCCUAUGUACUAGAAUUGAUGAACUUGCUUUGGUAUUGCUGUGGCAUUAAUACAAAGUGGAAUUAAUUUCUUCUAAAUAAAGAUGCAGAUAAUUUUUAUUACUUUCAGUUUA